CUCGUUUUCACGAGCUUCUCGGUCGGCUCGGUUGCUUCGGCGCGCGCGGAAAAAUCGGGCGCAGCCGGCGGUGCGAGCGAAGGGGGGACAAAAACAGGUAGCGCCAUCUGUCGGCGCAGCCGUCAAGCGUGUCGCUCUCUUCUCGGCUCGAGAGCUGCGAAGGCGAGGGCGCUAAGCCUAACGCCACGCUUCUCCUCCCUCUUCCGCGCCCUCGCUCGCGCUCACAGCCUCGCGUACUACGCUGCUAACGCUGCUGCGUUUGCGAGCCCCUCUCUAGCGGCUUGCUGUGGCUGGCUGCGGACUUCAGCGCCUGGAAGUAGCCCGGAAAACGACUGCGGCGUCGUCGACAGCAAAACAACGAAAAAAAACAAAGCGGCGUCUGCAAACAAGAGUGCCAGCGGUGGUGGUGGUCGCCGCGGAAUAUCGGUUCUUGUCCGGAGGAGGCUCGCUUCUUCUCUACGGUGCUUGUGUUGUUCAAGUGGGUGGUGGUGGUGGUGCUGGUGGUGCUGCCGCUGGUGUACUACGAGGCCGCGAGCUUUCCGGCAGGCCGGCCUUCUUCCACUGUGGAUGCUGCGUCGACGUCGCUGCGGUCAAGAAGCCAUCCAGCGGGUGUUGUCCCCGCUGCGUGCUGGACCCCCUUCUUGGAUGUGUCCUACCAUAGCUGCCUCUCUCCUCGCGGUCGGUGAGGUGGCUUCCCCACGUAGCGCGUCACGCCACGUCUAAAGGGCCGUCCGUCUCCCCGGUUCUCUUUUCUCCUUGCGUGUGUCUCUCUCUCUCUGUUUGGUGGUGGGAGUAGUUGGCGUGGCCCUCGCAAGCAACCCGGCGUCGUCGUCCCGGUCGCGGCGGUGAUGGCCCCCCCGUUCUCGGCGUGCGCGCCGGAGAACCAACGCUGCGGCGCGGCCGCGUCGACGACGGGCGUUGUCGGAGCCGCCGACCGUCGGGCGUGAUGAACGAACGCCAACACCACAGCCGCCAGCCGCACCGCCGGUGCUCCUCGUCCCAGCCCUCGGAGGCGCCGGACGCCGGCCGCAGGCUGAAGCAGCGGCCCAAGAAGGAGACCGCAGCGGCGGCGGCGGCUUCGUCGCCCGCGAGGGCUGCGACCUCCUCGCGGACGGCGCCCUCCUCGCGACGGCUCAGCGAGGCGGCGGCCAAGGCGACCGCCGCCGCCCCCCUGCCCGCGCGUAGGAACUCGAAGUCCAAGGCACAGCCACCGCCCAAGCCUCAGCCAAAGUCGCAGCAGCGGAAGCCGGAGCAGCCGGCCCGGCAGAACGGGGAGCGCAUCGUCCGCAAGCGCAGGGUGGGUGCCGGGCGUACACAGGGCAUCCUGGGCCUGUGCGACUCGUUCUCGUCGCAGUGCGACCUGCGAGGAAGCCGCUCUGCCUCCGCGGCAGUUUCACUGGGGGCCGGUGCCCGGGCUGUUGAGUCGGUCCCAAGCCCUGGCCCCAACCUGCGACCCAAGUUCCCCGCCUUCCUGGCGUCCAUGGCGGCGGUCGAGGAGUGGCCCACGGCCCGCGUCCAGCGCGUCGCCAGCCUCAAUGCUAUGGCCAAGGUGCACAUCUUGUACGAGAACGAGAGCCGCCCGGCCAUCGUCGAAGCAGACGACACACAGGAGGACUGCAAGGCCCUGGUGCCGCUGAGGACUGACCACCUGCCAUCACCGUCUCCGCCACCGCAGUCCCCGCCGCCUCCUCCUGCGCCGACCACGGGGACCAAACGGAGGAAGAAGCCCGCUGCGGUUGUUGCCCGUAAAAUAAUCAAGCGGAAGCGAGAUGUCCUCGACGCCGACGUGGAAAUCAUCGACACGCGGCAGUGCCGUCGCAUGGCCAGCCUCAAUGCCCAGGCCAUCAUGGCCGCCAGCUACAGUCGGGAGCGCAGUAGCCGCAAGUUUGACAAGGAAUCUCCAUCAUCAUCAUCGUCCUCUUCCUCCUCCUCCUCAUCAUCUUCGUCAGCAGCUUCGUGCGAACUCAAGGUCGUACACCACCACCAUCAGCAGGAGAUUGUUGUCUGCUCAGUGCAGACGAAGACCGUCCACAAGACGGUGCAGGAGAAGGCCGAAGUGCCAGUGUUGCCCAGCGUGCCCAAGGGGCCGCACGGGGAGGUAGUGAGGCGGCCGCGCAAGAACGACGCCAAGGGGUCGUCGUCUGCCGACGCGACAGCAUCGUCCUCAUCUGUGGCGGUGAGCGAGUACCGCGAAGUUGUGCGCAUCAACACCACCAAGGAGAUGGCAGUGAAGGACGAGCGGCGCGAGAAGGAAGGCGUCACACACCUCUACCACUACCACACCAAGGCCACCUGCCUGCAGAUGCAGACGACGUACAGCGGACCUCCGAGCCCUGUGUCGUCACACCCCGCAGUGCUGGGCCCUCAGGCACCGGGGUAUGACCGGGGUUUGCACGCGGAGUGUGCAUGGUAUUAUGGUCCACCGUCUUACCCGCCCGCCCUGACGGGUCCCCCGCCUCCCAUGGCAACGGCGGCGGCGGCGGCGCUCAUGCCCCCGCCCACGGCCAGUGCUAGCUCGGCAGCUGCUCCUCCUGCCUACGGUGUGAACCACGUCAUGCCCAUGAGCGGGGCGCCCGUGCAUCGGCACUACGGCAGUGCCUUCACCGUGCCCCACUAUGGACAUGCGGUGCCGUACCCACAGGCAGAGUACAUGCCCAGCUACUACCAACCUGCGGGGCCAUUGAUCCAGCCGCCGCCACACGACCAAUGCCUCAUUCACAAGCCCGUGCCGUACCACCCACAGCACCGGCCCACCCCAGUUGCCCCGCCUCCGCCGCCCAGUAGUGGGUUCCCCUCUCCUCACUGCCCUUCCCCCCUCUGCCCCCCACCCCCUCCACAGCACUGUUACUCGGAACACAUGCCUUGCAGUCCACCACCACAGCCCCAGGGGGGCAGCGGAGCCCCAGGCCCCACUCCUCCCCAGGGCUACCCGCCCUAUCGGCCCGGCCCCUACCACACCCAGCCCCCUUUCCAGCCUCAGCCUGCCUCUAGCUCGUCCAGUGCUCCGCCCCCAGUUUCGUCAUCGGCUGUGGCGCCGCCUCCGGCUCCACCACCCCAGUCAACCUCCAACUCUUACCAGAUGUCGACGACAGCGUCUGCGGCGACUGUGCCCAAGUCGGAGCCCGUGACACCACCGGAGACAAAGUCGCCGUCGCAGGGUAACGACUUUUCAGACGCUUCCAAAGCGGCAGGAAAGGACGGCGGGGCCAAUGGCGAGUCGCGGACAACCCCCUUCCAGCCGGAGGCACAGCUGUCUGUGGUCGAGCCUCUAGUCCUGACACAGAAUGCGCCCAAGCCGCCACCGGUGAAGCCCAUGGCAACAACGCUGCAGUCAGAGACGAACAUCGCAGCUAUAGAGCCGGUGGCAGCCAUGAAGAAGAGGCCGAGGAGUGUGGAGAAGCAAAUUAAGACGGCCACGGUGGCAGCGCAACAGAGGUUGAGCCGAGCCUCGUCGGCAGAGGAAAGAACGACCGACAAAAAGCCCUCUUCGGCAAAGACUGUGAAACGGAGCUUCCUGAAGACCAGUGAGACAGAUAAGGUGUGCCUGUCGGCUGCUAAAAACGGCCUCAAGAAGUCUCUUCCAAACCAUGUGGCAGCCGUGGGAGUCGCAGAGAAAAAGAGGCUGAGGCUAUCCGUCGGACCAGAGGACGCCGCCCCUCCGACCGAGGACUCGUCCGAAACGGCAGAAAAGGUUUCUUCCUCCGCAUCUGCGACGUCGACACACGCGGCGAGCAAGAAAAGUGCUGUCGUGACGAACGCUGCCAACGACAGUGAGGGUGGUGUGAGUGAACAUGCCGCGAGCCUGCCGCCGGGCAAGCCGCGGAAGGAGAACGGCUCGGCCGGCACCGCGCAGCCGACUGCAAAGAAGGUGCAGUCGUCUUCUGUGUCUGGUGCGGCGGGGCCAAAAAACUCUUCCCUGCUGCAGGGCAGCAAGACCCCCGUUGUAGUGCUUCCCCCAAAACUGCUGCUGAACAGCAAGCGACUGCCGCGGAGGAAGUUUGCUCACGGGUGGUCUUGGGACGGCGAGCCCAUCCAGAGGGUCGUCGUCAUGAAUAACGAGGAUACCCCACGCUUCCGGCUGUGCUUCCCAGCGAUGCGGCACGUGGAGGGUGAUGUAAUCCGGGUACGGGACUGCGUGCUACUCCGAUCGGGACCGCGCAAGAUCGACCUACCAUUUGUGGCCAAAGUGGCGGCACUGUGGGAGAAUGCGGACGACGGCGAGAUGAUGAUGAGUCUUCUGUGGUACUAUCGGCCCGAGCACACAGACCAGGGCCGCAAGUCGCACCACAUGGAGGAUGAGAUCUUUGCCUCCAAGCACCGCGACGCCAACAGUGUCGCUUGCAUCGAGGACAAGUGCUACGUGCUGACCUUUGCCGAAUACUGCAGGUAUCGAGCUCAAGCAAAGAUGCUUGAAGAAGGGAUCCGGCCACCGAUGGCAGUAGUGCCAGACCAAGAAGGUGGAUACGCUCGACGUGACAGGCUGCCUCCAGGUCGAAUGGACCCGCAGAUGGUGUUCUUCUGCCGGCGCGUGUACGACUUCCGUCAAAAGCGCAUCCUCAAGAACCCUUCCUGAAGAUGUUGUGCACCAAGGACACCCCUUUCUCUCCUUUGAGGACAGCUUAGGCAACGGAUGACGCAUUCCGACACAGCGGUGUGACCCAUGGCAGUUCCCGUGUUCCACCUCCAUCAUUUUGUUUGUUUUCUGUUACUCUCUCUGUUCAUCCGUGGACAUCAUUCAUGAUGGGUUCCUUUUGUUUGUCUGGGCUGGGCAAUACACUCGGAUGUCAUUUCGUAGUUUCCCGUUUUGAUCGCUGAAAACAGCGGUGCACGCGACGAAUGUUUGCAGCAGUGACACGAAGUAAUGGAGCCGAGCUGUGGUGUAGGGAAAGUUGGGAAAGACAGUCUGGGCCCGCCAGUCACCAAGUUGAAGCAUGCUGCAGCUUGCAACUGUCGAUUUUCGAGUGCCGCUUUCAUUGCCGUCAGCAGAGGUAUGGUUUGGUGCUGCGGAGGCACCCUUAUACAGUGCAAUGAGAAGUGGAAGCAAGUUUGCAAGUACUUGCAGUUUGGGUUAUGGGCACCUUUCGAGGUGCAUCCAGUGACCAUGCACAGCUAGAGAUUACAGAGAAACUGUACAGUCCAUCUGAACAGAGCCCAAAGUUAAAUAAGUUGCUGCCAACUCAUCAUUUGUCACACCUGUUCAAAACUAAGUGCUGAUCUUAAGAUGUGCUGUUCCUAUGCAGCAGAGUUCUUGUUUGCACAUUGAGCAGUUUUGUUUAUUCCAUCCUUCCUGCAGAACCAGUGAGCUUGCAUUAAGAGAUUUCUAUAGCACAUUGUACAUCUGGGUAUGAACAAAGCUAAAGCUUUCAGUCUAAAGGCAGCUUACAGAAAAAGCAACAUAACCAGAUCAAAAGCCCCAUGCACAGUCUAGUUCGUUGUGAUUUGAGGACUUCGGGUUUGCUGCAGUGGGUAGUAGUAAUAGUAGUUCUGGAAUACAUGUACCUGGGCAGUUUGUUUCAUCAUAUAUUUGUAAGUAUGUUGUGCUGAUUACUGACCAAUGGCCUCUUCUUUUGGGACCCUUCAUUUGCGAAGUGCUACUGGAGGGGACAGGCAUACUUAUGGAAAUAUUGGAAGUCAAGCAUUGUAGAGCCGGUCAAUACAGUGCACGCAUGUUGAGGUAAAAUUUUCAUCAUACACUUGAAAGGCACAAUCAGUUCAGAGAAGCGCUCGAGCGUAUGUGCAUGUCGGCUCUAUGUAUGUUACAUUCGUAGAAUCUUCCUAAAUGUAUUUGUGUCGACUAAAUUGUUUUGUUGCUCUCACUAGAUGUGAGAUCCUGUGUUAAACAGCUGCACCAGUUUGUGGCCGGUUGCUUAUUUUCAGUGGGUUCGUUGCAUCCCCAUUGUCACUUGCAAAGUUGCUCGUGUGUUGUUUCUUGCAAAAGUGUUUCAUAUUUUUUUGACUUGAUGCAGUAUUUUUUCUUUCAUAUGUGAAUGUGCAAGAAAGGUUGUCGGCCCUUGUUGAUCCAAGCCGGAGCAUUGAAAAAGCUUUGCGCAGGAAAAACGCAGCAGAUGUCUUUGCCCAAGAAGAUGAGCGCCAAUCGUGCUCCGAGUGGAGCACACAGAGCCAUUUACAUGCCACCAGUUCUGAAUUCAACCUUCACCCCAUGUCCCAUCUUCCCGCUCCUGGUUCAUGCGAAAGAAAAAAAAAAAUGCAGACUGUUGACACACGGGGAGAGACUGAAGCCUGGCGCAAAUGCGACAGCCGGAAGUUGGGAGCACGUCCUGUGAACUGAACGCGGACCAAUCACGAUCAAACCCGGACAAGCAGCAUCUAUCGUCACCCUUCAGGAGCAAAUCUACAGUCAUCAUUCCCACCGUCAACUGCUGUGUUGCAAGGCUGUCCUCCAAAGACAUUUUCAAUCAGCACAAAGUAACGACGUGUGGCACCGUAAGUGUUUGGGACAUGUGCUGUGUUGUCGGAAAGCACUCGCGUACACAAGUGGAGGUUGUGCCUCUGCAUGAACUUUGUUCCACUAGCAGUGACCCUGCGGAAACGGCAAGAGCAACAUUGAAUCAAUGUGUUAUCGCCGUCACGAGCGAUUCAAAGAGGCACGGGAGCCCCUGGGUUCAGCGGUGUCCUCGCGCUAGUUUGCCUGAAGUUCUGGGGGGGGAGGGGGUGUGCUUCGUGUCAGGACUUUUGUUAAUAAUUUGCUGUGAAAUACACUCGCCUUUCUCUUUUUUUCUGAAGCCACUGUGUGCGAGUUCUUUAGCUUUUUUAAAACCUAGGUGUCUCUUUUCUUUUUUUUGUAACGCUUAGCUGCAGUUCAACAGCACGUUACUUUUCCAUCUGCUGCUGCCACGCUCUUGAAUCACAGCUGUGUGAACGAACUUCGUUAACUGCAGCAAGCUGUUGCCAUUCAAAUAUUCUCAUCCUCCGUUUCAUUGAAAGGUUGCUGCAUGCCUUAAUUUCUUACCCUACGUUGUACAAAGAAGCACACAGCAAUUUUUUUUUAUAAUCUCACCUUUUUUUUGUCAGGUUUGCCCGGGAUUGGUGGUCAUCCCGUUUCUCCCUGCAUUUAUGCAAAUGAGAUGAUGCCUAUCUAUAUAUAAAUACAUAUAUAAAUAUAUAUAUAUAUAUAUAUGAGAGUAUAUAAAAAUGCACAUACUGUGUUAGUCAGUCAUCAAAUUGUUAGUUUUGGCAACUUUAGAUUCUUCUUUCACCCCAUCUUGGUUUUUGUUUUUUAUUGCACAAGGACUUUAAUAUAUACACAUUCUGCUGUUUUCUGCAUGCUUCUCCAGCCUGUAGAUUUUUGCCCCUUUUCCUUAUGUGUUACGUGUCUUUUCCAUUUGCAUUGUAGUUUUGAGGAUGUGUCCCUAAAGGUACAGACCCGCAUAUUUAUUUUUAACAAUCCACCUGCCCAAUUUUUAAGAAUAUACAUACAGAUAAGAGUUGAACCUCAUUAUAAUGAAGUUGUGUCUGAUACAAAAAUACUUUCGUUAUAUUCAGUAUUAAUAAUGGUAAUGAGUAACGUUCUAGGUUUACUUUGUUAUAUCUGAUAAUUCGUUAUAUGCAUGUUCAAUAUAUGAAGGUUCAAUUGUAUCUGAAAGCUAAAGAACUCUGCAGGGUGGACAUAACAGGGGUGGCUAGCCCGUUUUGAUGCUAAUGGCCAGUGCAUCAUCUGCGACUUCACAGGAACUGCUGCAAAAUUGUUUGCAUUCAACUUGACAUUAGGCACUUUAUGCAAGUGUUCCAUUCUUUGUUGCUUCCAUCUCCACCGGGGCAAGCCGUAGUUGUAGGACUUGGAAGUCUUCUAAGCUGUGUUCCAUAUGAGGGUCCACUCUAUAUAGACCUCUGUGUAAAUGUGACAGAAAUCACUUCCUUCUGUUUCAGCCCCUAGCACCUGCCCAUUAGGGAGUUUUAGGUACCCUGGAUUCACGUGGCUGCUUGGUAGUCCUCGCGCUCUUCAGGAAGAGUGGAGAAAAGUGUGCCGAACCACAUUGCCACUCUAUUGGUUUCGAAGUCCAAUGGCACCUCAGAGACCAAGCAUUUGGGAAUGUGCGAAAUGUUUGUACGGCCGUUAAGCAACCCUUGUGUGGGUCACUCGAUACUAGGUAGUUCUCGCCGCGAAUUGCCAAUGAAACGCAAGCCCUACAGCCCUAAUUUCUUGAGAGUAUUUUGAGCCAUACGUUGACGACUUCGGUGGGUUCACGAGACUUUGCAGCUCAUGCUGUGUGGCCCACUUUCGAGGACUUUUGACAUCUCCAAGCUUCCUAGUGGUAGCCUUUUGGUUUGUGCUUGUGCGGUGUGUUUGGUGCACAGUUGUGGUGUUUGCUGCAGUGUCGCUUGCUUGCUUGCUGCGUGUUAGCUUUGUGGUGGAUCUUUCUUUUUCUCCUACAGUGCUAAAGACGGUGGGCCCAGCAUAAACUUGUGCCUGUGGAAUGGGGCACAUGCCCCUACUCUUCAUACUGCGCGGCUGUGAGGGACAGUGCAAAAAAAAUUGAUUACUGGGGCAUUGUCCUUCAGAAUGAUGCAAUGUUGUCUUUUCGGAUUGAUGCAGCUUCUGUUGUGCUUUUCUUUUUUUCUUGGUCGAGUUGUUCACACCCACAGCGAAAGCUUGUUGCUUACGGGUUUUUGUUCAGCGAAUCUAGCUGCUGCUUUGUGUGCAAAGGAAAAUCGGCUGCGUUUAGCCUGGAGAAGGUAAAUCGUUAACUAGGGCUCGCGUGCGGUGAAGCGUUAGUCCUAGGUCAUUUGACAGACGAGCGAAGACGUGACGGUAUCGGUCGCCAGCUUUCGAUGCCCCUGUGCUUUCGGCCUUAGGCGAAUCGCUUUCCCACUUCAUUGCGUCUGCUUCGUUUGCUUACAGUGUUUGUGUCAUAAGAGCGUCGCCUGCUGCAAACGGUGUCGUAGAGUGCACGGCAAAUGCCGACUUGUCGCAGGCCGCGUCCGUCAAGACAUCUGGAUAUUGCGUCACGAGAUGAGGGUUUUCGGUACUGGGCACCGUAGUAAGGAGUUUUCCUGAACCAUUGUGGAAUGAUCGCGCUCCGCGGCAAAAUGCCACUUCCGUCGCGCACGGAUCUUGCAACAAGUCGGUGAAUGCAUUUGUCAUGGGUGAAGUGUUUUGCAGGCGGGUAGGAUGGCACGGAGGAUGUAGCAGCAGCUCGCAACACUAGCAGGCUAGUUAGUACCGUUUGUGUCCCGACAUGUAGUACAACACUUUGGCGUUGAAGUUAGCACACCAUCCCCACUCCUUCCGUCUUUAUGGGUCAAUUUGCACCACGGCGUGAUACCUGCAAAUUUACCCUCUUGUAAUCAGAUUGCAAUACAGUACUCCCUCCCCCCUCUGUUUGGCUCUAAGCGCGAACAAACAUGGCGGAAUUUUAAUAUACUUAAGCAAGGUUUGGAUACGGAUUAGUUGGUAUUCCAUUGUUUCAAUCACUUACAGCGCAUACAUAGACAAGGGACCAAAAGAAUGACGAAGACAGCGCUUCGUCGUUCUUUUGGUCCCUUGUCUAUGUAUGCGCUGUAAGUUAUGUUUGAAACAAUGGAAUUUUAAUUUGCCCAGUAUUUUGGACAUUUUCAAAUUUUGCCAUCUUGGAGUCUUCAGCCAAUUAGUUGGACGGGCCGUGGCAGCCCCGUGAGCCAAUCGCGUAUGACGAGAUGGCGAAUUCGGCAAUAUGGUGAAAUUUGGUUCGUCCCAGAGUUAGCGUGACUCGUGCACAAGAUCGUCCGCGCCUCUCGGAUGUAUAAGUGUACCUGGUAGCAUAACGACGUGGCAGCGUUAUUACUCGCGAGCUGUCGCUACAAUCUGCUUGUGCCAUCGCGUCGUGCGCUUCGAAAGUGCGCAGUUCGGCUGUGCAACUGCCGUGAGCCGGGUUCGCGGGUAUAAAACAUGGCGGACGGGACACCCUGGCCGCUUGGUGUCGCCCCAUCUCCGGUGUGCCCAAACUGCCAAAUCGAUCAAAAGUGCGACUAGGAGCUUUCAGGAGGGCGCCGCAAUUAAUUCGGUGCAGGUUAAACUUUCGGACCACCCCCUCCCCCGCUGUCGACAUCCCCGUAACUCGUGUGCUAGCUAUCUGGAACUUCGGCAUUUCUCGCUACUAAAUGGACCUCAUAGUCCUGUACGCUGUGGUACUGUACUCAGUUUUGUGUUAGCGCUUAUAGCUUGACCAAAUCGAAAGGCGCCCGUUUAUUUGCCGUUUCAGACGUGACCUCGGCGCCUGUUCGCCUUCCGCGCGGUACGUUUCUUGUGGAUUGCUUUAAAAACAAAAUGGGUGCGGCAGGAAUGUCCCGUGAUCCACCUGAGACGUAUCUUCCGAGACUUCUACCGCCCACCACCAACCGUUGGCUUUCCGUAGCUGCUUACUGUGUCCCAUCGCAUAUCGCAUUUGCUGGUGCGACCGUCUCUUCGAAGUGUUCUUCCGACUGAGUUAUGCGGCAAACCGCCAUUUAGGAAACCGACGAGGCUCCGCUAAAGUGAUGCAAAAAGGACACGGCUGGGCGCUUUCUGAAUCCGUUUUAUUUUAUUUUAUUUGAUGUUUCGAGCUCGAAGUCCACUCUAUCGAUCGAUCUGCUAGACUACCCCCUCGCACCUCGUGUGUCGUGUUGAAGUGACCGAAGAACGCCCAUCUGUGAUAGGUAGUAGUUUAUAUUGGUGACGUUAGCGACAGCCGUAUUUUUCUUUUUUGAGAGAGGUGGACGGACUGCGGCACCAGAUUUCCGCAGCCGCUGAGGCGGGCGUCCUCGUGCAGACGACGUCUGCGCUGGGUCGUCUGCACAACAGUGCCGAUCGUCUGCGCGGCACAGACGCGUCGAAGCAGACGACGAUUUUUGGCGGUUUCUUGCGUUCCGACGCCGCUUUUGAGAUGAAUCGCGAAGCGCUCUCCUUUGGGAGCACUGCCUAUAUAUUAUAUCUAUGUGCGACACAUUUCGAGUAUCUAUACUAUGUGUAUCGGUCAGUGUGCCUCUGCGAGUGGCUUAGAAGCAGUACUGGUGGUCUGUUACCGCGCGGUGUACUUUUCUGAAGUUACUAACAUCCUUGCCUGGUCGGCAUCUACACGUGUGUUAUCACCUCCCCUUUCCGCAUUUUCAUUUUUUUCACUGCGUUGUUUGCCCGAUCAGUUUGUUCGUGGAUUUAUGUGUGUUGUUGAACAUCCUGUUCUCUUUCCCUACACAAAAAUCGAAAGUGCAUUUGAUAAUGAGAGUAAUAAAAAGAGUGAAAAGAAAG